GCAGCUGCCCUGUAGCAGAGGGAGGAACAGCUGGCUGAGGGAAGAGCCAGCCCGGGGAGUCAGUCACAUUCCUGGCUGGGAUUCAAUGACUGAACCAGACACAAACAAACAGAGAGGGCGAGAGAGAGAGAGAGGGAGGGAGGGAGAGAGAGAGAGAGAGAGAGAGCGACUCACACAUUGAGUGAGUGGGGAGACAGCAGACUGAAUGUACGCCAGACUGAGCAGACGAGGCAUAUUUCGGGCGCACAUUAGGAGUGCGUAAAACCGCAGGAGCAUAGAAACAUAGUACCCGGUGAUUGUAUGUUGGAUAAUACGACUUUGGAGUCGCUUAGUUGUCGACUUUAAUUGCGUGUGCUUACAGGAACUGCCCUAUGAUUUCAGCAGCUCUCAGUUUUCUGAAUGGACGCGCUGGGAAGCUUCUCCGGUGACAUGGAAGUGCGCGUUAUUGAGCGUGUAGCCGGAUGCUGAGGACGCCCGACCCGAUAAGUCGAUUUCAGCUCGCAUUUUGAGUUUUGAACUCUCUUCUCUAACCGACAACAUGGAGGGCACGAGCUUCCAGCCCCAUCCUGGACUUCAGCAAACUCUGCAGCAGUUUAAUCUGAGUUCCAGGCGCUCCCUCGGUGGACCGGCGGCGUUCUCCGCUCGAUGGCACCAGGACUCACUCUUCGGGAAAGACGGCAAAUCCGUCGAGAUGAUGCUCACCCUGCCGCCUCAGACACCUCCAGUGAUGUCCGGUCCACUUUUCAUCCCGUCCGACCGCUCCACCGAGAGGUGCGAGACGGUGCUGGAGCGGGAACCUAUCUCCUGCUUCGUCGUCGGUGGUGAGAAACGACUGUGCCUACCGCAGAUUCUCAACAGCGUUCUCAGAGAUUUCUCCCUCCAGCAGAUCAACUCGGUCUGCGACGAUCUCCACAUCUAUUGCUCCAGGUGCACAGCGGACCAGCUAGAGAUCCUCAAAGUGGUGGGUAUCCUGCCCUUCUCGGCACCGUCCUGUGGGCUUAUCACUCAGACGGAUGCUGAACGGCUUUGCAACGCGCUCAUCUAUGGCGGUACUUACCCUCCUCAUUGCAACAAGGAGUCGGGCUCUCUGGAGUUGGAGCGAACCGAGAAAAGCUUCAAAGUGUAUCACGAAUGUUUUGGCCGGUGUAAAGGCCUGUUUGUCCCGGAACUGUACACCUCUCCGGGUGCCGCCUGCAUCCAGUGCAUGGACUGCAGACUCAUGUACCCACCUCACAAGUUUGUUGUCCACAGUCACAAGAGACUAGAGAACCGGACAGUCCACUGGGGCUUUGAUUCUGCCAACUGGCGGGCUUAUGUGCUCUUAGACCCGGACUACACCGGGAAAGAGGAGAAGAGUCACCUGGAGAAGCUGCUCAAAGAGUUAAAAGGAAAAUUUGAUCUGACGGGAAAACUGUCCAGUAAAUCUUGCAGAUCUCCCAGCCCCAUCCGAGCCAAGAGGUCCAAAUUCGACAAAUUGCAGUCAGCUGACAAAGACAGGAAACCCGACUGGCUCCAGUCACUGUCAAAGUCUGCACACAAGGAUCUGAAACAGGUCCAACUAAAACAGAGGCCCUCUGCUUUCCGCCCCUGGUCUCCUAAGCCAGCAGAAAAAGUGAAACCGGCCGCCAAGAAUGAGGUGGAGAGGUCGUGCUCGAGGAAUCAGGAGACACACAAUUUGGCAUUUGCCCACCUGGCCCCUGCGGUCCAUCCCAAGGACAGCAACACUCCUGACAGGGGGACAGCUGCCAUUUCCGUGCAGGAGCUGCAUAAUGGUGACGCACAGCCUACAACAAAGCCGGCCCACUCCAGCAACACCAACCGAGCCGAAGACAUGGACACAGAUGGAGAGAUUGAUGUGGAUGACUGUGAUGAUGGUCCAGUGCAGUCUUCCUCCCUGGCUUCACCUCCAUCUGCCUGCACCAGUGUGUCUCAGACUCUGACUCCUCAGAGCAUGGCUCGGGCUCAGGAGAGGCCUUCCUGGCUGCCAGGGACUGUUUGCCCAGAGAUGGACACCAUGAGACAGAUGCUGUAUGCUGGUCUUGACACCAAGGAGGCGCGGGAAAAACUCCUGCAGGAGAUUGUCAGGAUGAGAGUGAAGCAGGAGGAGAAGCUGGCAGCUGCUCUUCAAGCUAAACGCAGCCUUCAGCAGGAGCUGGAGUUUGUGAGAGUGGCUAAGAAAGGGCGUCUUCGCGAGGCCAUCGAGGCCAAGCGCAACCUGCGAAAGGAGAUCGAACGCCUUCGCGUGGACUGGGAGAGGAAGAUGAGGGAUGCGGAGGAGUCUUGUGGGCGGCUGAAGAGAGAGCUGGAGAGAGAGAGACAGCUGCGAGUUUGCGAUAAAGGCUGCGAAGCCGAACGCCUCCGGGUCAAGUACUCUACUCAGAUCGAAGAGCUUCAUGUGCAGCUGCAACAGGCUGAAGCCGAUCGCGAGCAGCUGAGGCGGGAGCUGCAGCAGGAGAGAGAAGCUCGACAGAGCCUGGAAAGCGUCGUCAAAGACCUGCAAACCCAGCUGGCCCUGCAGGCCGGCAGCAUCCUUCCUGGAGAAUGCAAGGACACGAGCACAGAGGCGCACAGACAGACCGCACAACCCACUAAUGGAUCCUAAAGUUGCACAUUUAAAACGAGACAGAAAGAUUCAGUAAGAGGAGCAUGUUUAAGGGGAAAAAGAAACAAAGAGUGUUUUUGGUAGGGGGAAAAAAAUCAGUCAUAUACAAUAUGAUACAGUAUACGUCAUUAUUAUUAUGACAUUAUGAAUUUUAUCAAAUGAACUGGAAAGCAGCACGAUGUCCGAGCAUGUAAUAGAGCGUGAAACUGCGAGAGACUUUCUUCAGCGAUGGAAAAACACAUCUUUCCGGUGACGUCAGCGCCUGCGGUCAGACACCCGACGCCGUGCAAGGAUUUCAUUUCAGUAUAAGCUAUUCUAAGAUGUGCAAAUAUAGCUACAUAACACUACUUGAAUAUGAAGGGAAGAAACACGUUGCGCCUGGUGAGCAGUUGAUGAAACUCUUGUUGCCACAAUAUACUGGUACACACAAGGGUGUCAUUGCAGACCACUGGAAACAAGAGACACGAGUUUACCACUAUUUACUUUUAAUAUCUGCUUGCUUUUUAUAACUGUGUAGAGGAUGUCCUUUUUAAGAAAUUCCUGCUUGCGCAGCACUGUUAUUCCACAAGCAACAAAAAGAAAAAAAAGGAAAAAAAGAAAAACAUUCAUAUAUAAACAUGUACGCAUGUAAACCAGCUUAUCUACCUUUUGUAUUUUAUAAGCCUGAAGUAUUGGAGGUUCUGUGGGCUGCCUUCAGGUCCACCACUGUUUUAUUCUUAGAUAUUUUAUGGAAGUAUUACAUUUUUUUUGUUGUUGCUGUUAUCCAGUAAUGUUUUUGGCAACCGAACCAUGUGCUAAAUAAACAAUAAGUAGAUGAAACUUGCCCACGUUAGUCUAGUUAAAUCUAUAAACACUCCUAAAAGAGAGGAAGAAAAAAUACUUUCAGUAGUUUCUGUUUAUGCUAAAAUGCGGUACUUCUGAUUUUCUAUGGAGUAUUAUAAAAUAAUUUAUAUUUUAACGAUAAUUUGCUGCCUAUCGACAAGACACAUUCAUUUUUUCGUCACUGGCUUUAGGGCUCUUAAAUCAACAGUUGCUGUUUAUAUGAACAACGUUUCUACAUAUAUACAGAAGUAUGGAGAUAUAUUUUUUUACUUUAAGAAAAAGGAAUUGCACUUUUUAAAGAAAGAACCUUGCAUUGUGCAUCGUAUUCCCUGUUACAUUUUUCAAAUAACAAGUUAAACAUGGACUUUAAAUUGAAAUACUUUCCCUCAGUAUCCCCUGAUGUAAAUACAAUUAUAAUGUAAAUAAGAUAUCGGUAUGGUAUGGUAUGGUAUGGUAUGGUAUGUUUGCUUGCUCCAGACUUAAAUUGAUUGAUUAUGAAUAUUAUUUUUUGCUCUUACUUGAAACCAAAAAUAGACUAUAUUUGGAUUUGUAAACUGCAGUUUUUGUGUUGCUGAUCCCUGAGCAUCAUUGCAAUCACGGGGCAUUCACCAGAACAGACGGACUCUUUUUGUUUUAAACCACUCUUUUUGUUUUGUGAACUUCUGUAGUUUUGUGGGUUUGACCCAUGGACAGAAUAUUACCAUUUCUCUGUUGAUUGUUUUUUCUUUUUUCUAAAAAGCGCUUUGCUAUUUGCUGAAAUAUAUAUGUAUGUAUGUAUGUAUGUAUGUAUGUAUAUAUAUAUAUACAUAUAUAUGUAUACAUAUUUUACAUUACAGACCAAAAAACUGAAAAAUGGAUUUUAAUUCUUUGCACCUCCGGCUCCGUCAUCAGGUAGAGUAGAAAUGACACCUUCUCCUGGUUUAAACUUUAGGUGCUCUCAUAUGUUUUAGAAAAGAAAACACUUUUAUGUCUUAUUAUUAUGAUACCCUCGCUCAGUAUUUGUUGGGUACAGUGUAAUAGCACUAUCCAUUUUGUUAGCUGAUAAUGUUGUAGUUUUGGUUUGGAACUGGGGUUUCAUUCGCCUCUUGUUUCAAUGUUUCCUUUUUCCUUCGGAUGACUUGUAUAAUACCCAUUAAAAUCUAAAUCAAUCCUU